AAUUUUUUUUUCUCAAUUUUUUUGGUUGUUGCUGUGGUAAACCGACAGUAGAUCUACCGGAGUACCACUGCAAAGAUUUUUUUGGGGGUUUCCGGAAACCCCCCUAGCAUUUUUUUUUUUUUUGCCAACCGAUGUUGCCGUCCCGGAGUAGAACACUGGCAGCAUCAAGAGUUAUUGCCCUUCGAAAGAAACUCUUCAUUUACUGAACAGGGAACCGCCAUAUUUGAUUUUGUUAUUUGCAAAAUGGUACGUAGUCGGCAGAAGUUUUCCAGCAAAGAUGCGAAAGGCGUAUCGGCGAUCACCAAUUUUUUCAGACAAACAGAUCAUACAGCAUCCUUAUGUCAUCCCGAAGAAAGUCGAACGUCGCGUACGUCAGAAACACCAGACAUUGACACAUCAGACACCUCCUCAUGUCAGCCAGAAUCAGCUUGUAUGCUGGAUUCCUUCAACUGCCCUGGGUCUAUAAUUACCACGACAGAAGUCAGCAAUAUCCCAUCAGCCUCAUCAGGUUUUGGUAUUACCAGUGUUGAAGCUACCAGCGUAUGUGAUGGCAGUGACCGGGAUUUGUUUAAAUACAUAAACAGAGUUUUAAGUAGAGAGGACAUAUAUUUAUUGUUGUCUUGUGUAGUGUUUUUAUUGAGGUCUUUUAAAAAUAUUAAUUGGUUUCUUGUGUAGAGUAUUUAUUGAGGUCUUGUUAAAAUGUUUAUUG